UCGGAAGUGGGCGAGUAAAGAUUUGAACUGGAGCGGGGGAGAAAACUGAAUCGGUGUGAGGGAUUGCGAACCCUGCAACGAUGGUGCCUGCACCGCCUGCCGAAGAAGGGAGUGUGACGGUAGUGGUGCGGGUGCGUCCACAGACCCCGCGGGAACAGGAAGCAAAUCGCCAAAGCGUGGUGCAGGUGGCUGGUAACAGCAUGCUAGUGUUUGAUCCGGAAGAGUCCAACCUGCCCAGCUUUCCUGUGAGUUUCCAAGCCCAGGACUCUGCAUCAAAAAGGAAGGGCAAGAAUCUGACCUUUGUUUUUGACCGGGUGUUUGGAGAGAACUCUACCCAAGCAGAGGUGUUUGAGAAUACAACCAAAGGCAUCCUGGACAGUGUCCUGAAUGGGUACAACUGCUCUGUUUUUGCCUAUGGUGCAACAGGUGCUGGGAAAACCCACACCAUGUUGGGCUCAGAGAAGGAACCAGGCAUCAUGUACCUCACCAUGCGGGAGCUCUACAAGAAAAUUGAGGCCAGGAAGGAGGAGAAGAAUUGUGAGGUGCUCAUCUCAUAUCAGGAGGUGUAUAAUGAGCAAAUUCAUGACCUCUUGGACCCAAAAGGACCGCUAGCCAUCCGGGAAGAUCCAGAGAAAGGGGUUGUGGUGCAAGGUCUUUCAUUUCAUCAGCCGAAAACUGCAGCCCAGCUCCUAGAGAUGCUAAGGCAAGGAAAUCUGAACCGCACACAGCACUCGACAGAUAUUAAUGCCACGUCUUCACGGUCCCAUGCAGUCUUUCAGAUCUACGUGAAGCAGCAGGAUUGUAUGAUAGGCACAACUCGCGACUUGCAGGUGGCCAAGAUGAGCCUGAUAGACUUGGCAGGAUCUGAGCGGGCCUCUGUAGCAAACACCAAGGGAGAGAGACUCCGAGAAGGUGCCAACAUCAACCGCUCCCUGCUGGCCCUCAUCAAUGUCAUUAAUAGCCUGGCUGAUGCCAAGAGUAAAAAGAACCAUAUUCCAUACCGGGACAGCAAACUCACGCGUCUUCUAAAGGAUUCUAUUGGAGGAAACUGUCGAACCAUCAUGAUUGCUGCAAUUAGCCCUUCUGCUCUUUCCUAUGAAGACACAUACAACACUCUCAAAUAUGCCAACCGGGCUAAAGAAAUCAAACUCUUAAUGAAAAGAAAUGUAGUGAGCUUGGACUACUCUCUCAGCCAAUAUGCUGUCGUCUGUGAGCAGCUCAGAGCGGAGGUGGCAGAUUUAAGAGGGAGGCUCCGUGCAUAUGAGCAAAACAAUCCAGAUCCUAAUUCCUGUGUACCACCUUCUCUCGUUUCUUCUAGUCCUGAACACAAGGAUGAAUAUCUCAGGUCAAAGGAAGAUGCUGUGGGUUCUGAAGUCCAGCUUAAGGGGGAUUGUGAGACCAAGGAACUAGGAAAAAACUUUGGAUAUUCUUGCGUGGGGUCCUCAAAUCCAGAUGAACAGCAGGAGAAGCUGAACACUUGGCUGCAGGAAAUGGACAAGAAACAGCUGGAGACGCUAGCAAUUACUAUCCUUCACAUAGCCCAAAAGCAGUACACUCUUCUGAAAGCUUCCAACCUUCUCACCCCUGAUAUGAGAGAUGAGUUUGAAGAACUGGACGGCUUGGUGCAACAAGGAUCUUGCAAAGCCCCUGAAAUUUCCAUGGAAGAGCAAGUCAGGAAACUAGAGACAGACACCCAUGUCAGCCUGGACCAGAACACGGAGCAGAUUGUGGAUAAAGCUGUCGUUCCAGCUGCGCUUUCCACGACUGAGCAUGCCAACCCAGAAGGGGGUCCUGGAGUUUCCCCUGUCUUUGCGAUCCCAAGUCCUUCCUUCAAGGCACCUUCCCACCUAACAAAAAAGAGGAGGAAGUCAACAGAGCCCUCAUCACCAUCUGAAAGUAGUACUCCAUCUGGCCCAAAGGGGCGGGCUAAACGUCGACGGAAGGCUGGCCCUUCUCCCCAGCAUGUGGACACCUUGAAAGAAUGGGCUGCUCUUAUGCCCAUGGAGUCCACCAGCACCCCCAUUGUGGGGAAAUCAAAGUCCCGAAGGCCAACGCAUUGCCUUUCCUCGCAACCCUGUUCUUUGACUGAGACGAAGAGACGAGUGCCUUUGGGCACUUCAGCAGUCCAGAAUUGCACUACUCCAAUGCCCCCACCAUGCCUGAACACCACUUUUGACCUUGGAGAGGAUCCCUGUUCUUCAAAUGCAAAGUCCAGUGCUCCUGCAUGCCCUGCCUGGGAAAACAUUCCACAUUUCUCUCACCCCAAGGGGGCACCGCUCAUACCCAGAGCCUCCAUGCCAGUAUUCACCAUGAAAGGGUCUUCCAUCCCUCGGCCAUCAUCCUUGACUUCCAAAGCGUCAACUCAGAAGAGGAGGCACACCACAACCUCUGCCUCCCAGUCUCUGGGUGCACCACGCAGCCGCAUUGCCCGCCCAAGAGGCACUUCCAUGAAGUCUUCUCAGGUUGGGAGUGCAUCAGGACAACCUCCUGCAUGGAAAUGGCGCUAGAAAGGCACUGCAUCUCUUGGAGAAUCGGGCCACUUAUCUCUGGAUGUGUCUCGUGUUGAAAAUAUUGUAAAUCUGUUUUCUCCUAAAACAUUGCCCAGCACUAUUGGGGACCCUCAAAUCCUCUUUCUCUAUGCAUAUAUAUUUUGAAUAACAUUAAUUACCUCACUUUACUCUUGUAUAAGCAUAUCUCGCGUACGUAGAAUUUGCGAACAACAUAUAUUUUUAAAUAAACAAGAGAAUAAAAACAGAAACAACA